UACUACACAACUAUCCUCUCCCCUAAAUUCUUUUUUCUCUCUUCCUUCAAAACCCUAAUUAUCCUUCACUGGUUUUCCUCGCCUGUGGCCGCAGAACCCCUACGGUGGAAGUGGUUCUUCCUAUGGCUACGUUUGUGUGAUACAACUCGUAUCAACUGGUGCUCUCGUUCUCGAUCUCAUGGCGGCUUCGUCGGAACUUUCCUCGGUGACUUUAGCCGAUAUCAUGCAAGCCAUAACCACUCUCAGCUCGGACUUGCAGGCCACCAAGCUUCGUGUGGCUGAGAUCGCAGCCAAUAAACAGCCCGACGCCUUCCCAGGGGUUCAAAAGUACUUCGACUACUUCUUGACCCCGGAGCCCGAACGACUACAAUUGGUUGCCAUGUUGAUUGACCACCCGGCUUCCGAAUGGUUCCAUUAUUAUCAAGCUAAUAACAUUGACGCUACUUGGCAGGAGUUUUUGGAGGCGGUGCACCAACGCUUUGAUUUGGACUACUACGAGAACUACCCGUUACGUCGCGAGGUGAACCUGCGCUGCCCCACGUCUCUGCUGGCCACGUUUGCAUGGGCGAGGGAGCUGUCCGCUUGCCUUCAAGAGGCGGCUGUCUCCUAUGGCACGGUGGGCCGUCGUCCAUGGCUGCCCCGCUCAGUUUCUCCUCCCACCGCUGGCCUCUUUCCCACACCGAACCCAGCGACAAAACCAUAUUUUAGCCAGCCACGGCCCGAGGACAAAACUUCAUCCUUACCAGUGGUGCGGUUGUCCCAUGCGGAAAGGACCGAACGGAGUAAAAAAGGCUUGUGUUGGUACUGUGAUGAAAAGUGGACAUCGACUCAUAAUCGCAAGAGGCGUUUUCUAGUGCUCAUGGGCCCAGAUGACGAUGAGGACGAGCCCGACACGGCUGGGAAUUUGGAGUCGCUUUCGGAUAACCCGGUGAUUUCGGCAGAUGUCUCCAGUAUACUGGCCCUAGCAGGCAGCCCAAGCCCCAGAUCACUGCGUAUGGCCGGAAUGAUCAAAGACGGGGUGGUCCAAGUUCUGUUAGAUGGGGGCAGUACAAACAAUUUUAUCCACCCAGCGGUCGCCGAACGGUUAGCAUUACCCUUGCAGCCCGUUACCUCCUUCCGUGUUUAUGUUGGCAACGGGGAUUCUUUGCGUUGUACCUACUCGUGUCCCCAAACCCCGCUUUCGUUGCAAGGCCACUGUUUUGACGUUGACUUAUAUCUCCUCUCCAUUCACGGCCCGGACGUGGUUUUGGGUGUACAAGGGUUGCAAACAUUGGGCAAGGUCGCCCAUGAUUACUCUCAAAUGACUAUGGAGUUUUCAUGGAAAGGCGGCACAGUUUUAUUACAGGGCGAUCAGCCACCUCCGCGCCCAGUCACGUACGACCAGUUUUGUACCCUCGUGGCAGCAUUGGAGACCCAUGACAUUUACGAGCUCCUCCUGGCAGAUUCAGAGUCCCCUGUCACGCCUCCGUCCUCCACGACCACCCUUGAUAUUCCCGCGGAUGUACCAGCUCCAGGUCGGGCAGUUUUGGAAGCUCAGUCAGCCGUGUUUGGCCUUCCCCAGGGGCUGCCACCUUCUUGUUGUUGGGAUCACCGCCUCCACUUGGUUCCGGGAACCAAUCCCAUUAAUACGGGGGCGACAAACAGAGCAGCAGAUGCCUUAUCACGCCGAGAUGAAGAAGAGGACACGGUGGGUCUCUUCAUGGCCCUGGUACAGCCUGUGCCACUCCUGAUGCAUGACCUCCGGCUGGAAAACCAGUCCCUGCAAGAACUCCAGGAGCUCCACGCAGCAGUCUCGGCCGACAACGCUUCUCCGGAUUUUUCAGUACAUGAUGGGCUGUUAUAUUUCAAACGGCGGUUGUACCUGGGCAGGGCUUCCUCACUGCUUUCGGCCCUACUGGAGGAGUUCCAUUCCACUCCAGCCGUAGUGCGUUCGCGAGUACCGGAGGUGGAAGAGAUGUUACGGGAGCAGGCGGACCUGUUAACCGAUCUUCGUGGCCAUUUGAUACAAAUGCAGCAGCCAUUCGGUGGGCCGUUUGAAGUUUUGGAGAGAGUGGGGGCUGUGGCAUAUCGUUUGCGUCUUCUGGAUGGGUGUCGUAUCCACGAUGUUUUCCAUGUUUCUCUGUUGAAGCCAUUUGUGGGUAGGCCGGGCGACACACCACAGGUUUCUCUUCCGGCGCAAUUCUUUAAGGGGCGGCCUGUUGCAACCCCAGUGGUAGCUGUGGAUCGGCGUACGGUGAUGGUCGACGGUGCUCCUCAGGAACAAUGGCGGGUGAAAUGGUCAGAGGGGUCCAACGACGACACUGCGUGGGGGCCGCGAGACGAUCUGGUGCGUCUCUUCCCAGACCUUUUCCUUGAGGACAAGGACGCCCUUAACGGGGGGAGUUGAUACGGGUGCGGUGGCGCCAUCGGGUGGUAACCUAGGAGGAACGGACAGACCCCAAAGGCAGGUACGGGCGCCCCGUCGCUACGACGACUAUGUUUAAUAUGUACUUUUUUAUAUCAUUUAAUUUCAUUCAUGUAACGUAGAUUUUCUUAGGAGAGCGGUCUAUAAGCUCCUUCAAGGGUUUUCUUUUUGGUUCUUUCCCUUGUCGCUUUUUUUGAACCGACAUGUUAGUCGUAGGGUUUGAGGAAGUCCAUCUUAUAAAUACGGUCUUGUACC